GGCACGCGGAAACUGUAAAGUCAAUUGCAAAGCGCCAUUAGAUCUGCAAAGUUAGCCGGGCUACAUCCACAGACAUCACCAUCUAAUGUUUUACACAGCGGGUUUGUUACGCGAGACGGACUUUGGAUAUAAACUCCAAUAAUUUUCCAGAAAACACCAAGUCACCGUGCUGUCACUCGCCCACUAAAGAGAAAGUUAUGGCAAGCAACGAGUCGCUGGUCGCAUUGAAUGGGACUCAAAUUUCCUACAUUGGACAUGACUGUAAAUACAUUCCAGACUUCCUUGGGGACUCAUAUGGCCAGUUUGCAAGAAGGCUGGAUUUGAGCUUCAACCAGAUCAGGUCACUGGCAGGCCUCAAAAUGUUCACCGAGCUAGAAGAGCUGGUCGUCGACAACAAUUUGCUUGGAAAUGACCUCCAGUUGCCCAGGUUACCCAACCUCCACACCCUAACACUUAAUAAGAACCAACUGACUGAUAUCGAGGCCCUGCUGGAGCACUUGGCUGAUGUGACCCCGUCACUGGAGUACCUAAGCCUGCUGGGAAAUGAGGCAUGCCCCAACCAGCUGGUCAGCCCGGAUAAGGAUGAGGACGACUACCAGAGAUACAGGUACUUUGUUCUUCAUAAGCUGCCCCAGCUGAAGUUUCUGGACACAAGGAAAGUAACCAAAAAAGAAGUGAUGGAGGCACAAGCGAGAGGAGCGUUCAUGAAAGUGGUCAAACCCAAGUCAGACACUCCAACCAGUGGGGCAGGGUCUGAGAGUCACCCUCUACCAUACAGUCCUCUACCCCAAGGAUCCAGAGAUGCAAGGAACCACAAAGGAGUAUUCGCCAAAUGUCACUACGUCUACUAUGGCAAGCACUCGGAAGGCAACAGAUUCAUCCGAAAUGACCAACUCUGAUGGACAGCUGGUCACACAAAAAGAGGGACAUGAAUGACAAUGGAUGUGAACAGACAGAUAGAGGAAUAAAUCAAUCCAUUAUUUAUUAAGACCACUGGUGAUACUUCAGUUAAAUUCAAAUAUUUAAACUUUAUCAAAAAAAAUGUUACGGUUA